AUGAGCACGUGGUACGCGUCACUUCCAAUUUUGUUUUCAAACCUCUGCGGAACGGUAUACAGACAGGGAAACAUUGUCUUCACCCCGGAUGGCAACUCCGUGCUGAGUCCUGUGGGGAAUAGGGUAUCGGUGUUUGACCUUGUAAACAACAAGUCGCGCACACUGCCGUUUGAGAACCGAAAGAACAUCUCUGCUAUUGCUUUGAGCCCAGAUUCAAACGUUCUGGUCAGCGUAGACGAUGAUGGACGUGCGUUGCUGGUCAACUUCCGGCGAGGCGUGGUGCUGCAUCACUUCAACUUUCACAAGCCUGUGAAGGCCAUCAAAUUCUCUCCAGAUGGAAAAUACAUUGCUGUCUCGCAUGAUUCCCAUGUGCAGGUCUGGCGAACACCAAACCACCUGAUACGCGAGUUCGCCCCUUUCGACCUGCAUCGGACAUAUACGGGGCAUCACGACGAGGUAGUGAACAUUGAGUGGUCACCGGACUCAAGAUGUUUCAUUACUGCAUCACGCGAUAUGACGGCACGACUUUUCACUCUCGAUCCUCUUGAGGGCUUCCGGCCGAAGACCUUCGCAGGCCACAGGGACAUUGUCAUCAACGCGUAUUUCUCCGCGGACGGCAAAACAAUAUACACCGUGAGCCGAGACGGCGCUGUUUUUACAUGGAAAGCAAAAGUAUCAGGAGAAGAAUCAGAUAGCGACGAUACAGAGCCCAUAGCGUCUUCGUCCAGUCUCGGCGACACGAUCGCGCAGACGCGGUGGGGUGUGCACAAGCGCAAUUACUUCAACCAGCCGGGAACACGAGUUGUCUGCAGCACAUUCCACCGCGCCUCGAACCUCCUCGUCGUUGGCUUCUCCACCGGCGUAUUCGGGCUGUGGGAGAUGCCAGCGUUCUCCAACUUGCACACCCUGAGCAUCUCACAGGAGAAGAUCUCGUCUGUCGCAGUAAAUGCAUCGGGCGAAUGGCUCGCGUUCGGCGCGUCACGUCUUGGGCAGCUCCUCGUGUGGGAGUGGCAGAGCCAGUCGUACGUUCUCAAGCAGCAAGGCCAUUUCUCGACCAUGAACACGGUCGCGUAUGCUCCCGAUGGAGUCAACUUGGCCACAGGAGGUGACGACGGGAAGGUCAAGGUCUGGAACAGCACGUCUGGCUUCUGCUUCGUGACAUUUUCCGAGCAUUCUGCGCCCAUCAGCGCGGUGGAGUUCGCGAAGCAAGGCCAGGUCCUGUUCUCAGCAUCCCUAGACGGCACUGUUCGAGCGGCCGACCUCAUCCGCUACCGCGUCUUCCGUACAUUCACCUCACCGACUCCAACGCAAUUCGCCUCCCUUGCUGUCGACCCCAGCGGCGAAGCCGUUGCAGCUGGCUCGCAGGACAAUUUUGAGGUGUGCCUCUGGAGCGUGCAGACAGGCAAGCUGCUCGACGUCCUCGCAGGGCACACAGCGCCGGUAUGCGCGCUAGCGUUCUCCCCUACUGGCAACCUCCUUGCCAGCGGAUCGUGGGACCGCACGGUGAGACUGUGGGCCGUCUUUGGGCGCAGUCGUGCAGUCGAGCCGUUCCAGCUGUCGUCGGAUGUGCUUGCGAUUGCCUUCAGGCCGGAUGGGAAUGAGUUGGCGGUCGCGACCCUCGACGGGCAGCUCGUGUUCUUUGACGUGAUCGAAGGUCGACAGACAGGGGCGAUCGAUGCCAGACGCGAUGCUGCGCCAGGACGAAAAGUGGGUGACCUCACCGCGGCCAAGGGCGGCGGUGCACACACGAGCCUGUGCUACACUGCCGAUGGACGCUGUGUCCUCGCUGGAGGGCGCAGUCCAUAUGUCGCACUGUAUGACGUCCGCGCGGGCGUUCUGUUGAAACGCUUCCGGACGUCGGAGAACCUGAACCUCGACGGGACGCAGGACAUGUUGGACAGCCGGCGCCUCACCGAAGCGGGGAAUCUGGACCUGGUCGACGAGCGCGGGGACGAGAGCGAUCCGGAGGUGCGCAGGCAACGAGAUGAAGAGCUGCCGGGGGCAAAGCGCGGUGAUAUGGCGAAGCGGCGCGUGCGUGAGGAGGUCCGGACGACAUGCGUGCGGUUCGCACCCACGGGUCGCGCGUGGGCGGCGUCGACGACGGAGGGGCUGCUGAUCUACUCGCUCGAUGAGGCCGUCGCGUUCGACCCGGUCGACUUGGCGCUGGACGUCACCCCGCAGUCGGUGCUCUCGCUACUCGCAUCAGGCUCUUACCUGCCUGCUCUGAUCACGGCGUUCCGACUCAACGAGCGCGCCCUCAUUCACCGUGUGUUCUCAGCCAUACCAAGAGAUGACAUCCGCUUGGUCGUCCGGGGACUACCCCAGGUCUAUGUUGCCGCGCUGGUGCGAUGCGUGGCAGAAGCACUUGAAGGAUCGCCGCGAGUCGAGUUCGUCAUGGUAUGGGUGAAGGCUGUUCUGGGCACGCAUGGCCGAUAUUUGCGGGAGCGUGCAGGAGAACAUGCAGGCGUCUUGCGUGCGUUACAGAAGGCUCUGGGCGAAUUUGAGGGCCUGCUUAUGAAGCUGUGCGAAGAAAACAAUGCAACGCUCGCGUUUCUUGUGGACCAGGUGAAGUUGAAACAGAAUGCCCAGGUGGAUGAUGGGCACAACGCUGCCAUGCAGGAGGAUGAUUGUAGAAGACGCGAGAGAGACGAUCACGGUCGCGCUGCAAUAUCAGCAUGUGACGUCACCCCCCAAGUUAUGACGUCCUGCGACAUGAACCAGAUGCCUCGCAAGCCCGUGCAAACGCAGGGACAGAUCUCGCGCGGUAGUCCGAGGACGCUUGCCGUCGGCGUUGCAGCGGUUAGCGCCGGCCUUGGUCUCUUCUGGUACUCUCAAAAGUGGUCCCAACGGCAGAAAGAAGAGGAUCCAAGCCCUGGCCAAAUCCCUACAUGGGAGUACCGUUUGCAGCAGCAAAAUACACCCGAGUCGAGUGCGAACGACCCAUUGGCCCAGCGUGUGUCGGGGACUGAGCCAGUCGCACGCCCGAAGGAUAUUCCGCUACCGGGUUCCGACAGCACUGAGAGUGGCAGCAGUGCGCUGACCGCAGCACAUGGUGGAAAGGGCUCGGACGCGACGCAAAGCUCAUCGGAGCAUGUUGAUCAGCCGCCACAGCAAGCACGAACGAACGACACGGGUGAUCAGGCUUACACCAAGGUGAUAUCUUUCGAGGGCUGCAUGACUUCGGAGUAUGUAGAGGGCAACGAGCCGAAGAAGCAAUUGAGAUAA